GCGCGGGGCGCAGGGGGGCGUGGACAUUCCUUGGCCGGUGGGAACGCGCGGCCGCCGCCGCCGCCGCCGCCGGCAGGAGGAGGGGGCCGUCGUAUAAGACGCGCGCUCGGCGCGCGGGGCCCGCAGUCUUCUUCCCCGUUCUUCACCUGCGCGCGGGCCAUGGCGUCUCCGCGCGGGCUGCUCCUGCUGGUGGCAGCGCUGGUGGCGCUGGGUGCGCGGCCGUCCACGCAGGACCUCGUGGUGAGCAGCACGACGCCGCCGCCGCCGCCUCCGCCUUCCACGACGUCGACGACGCCCACCCUCCCGCCGCUGCCGGCCGUGGCCGCCGCCGCCGGCCCUUCCAAAGAGGCCCAGGGCGAGGGCGCCGCCCCCGCCGACAGCCGCCCCGACGUCUACAGCCUGCACGUGACUUCGCGCAUCACACACCGCUACGCGCGCACCGUCGUCUCCAGCAGGCUGGCCAACCGCGCCCCCAAGGCCCAGGAAGCGCAGUUCUCCCUCGUGCUGCCGGAGACCGCCUUCAUCUCGGCCUUCCUCAUUGAAACGGAAGGCAAGGUUUAUGAAGCCUACGUCAAAGAGAAGGAAGAAGCCAAGAAGGAAUAUGAUGCAGCUCUUGCUAGCGGACAGACAGCGGCUCACGUUGCAGUCAGCGCGCGCGACGCCAACACUUUCAACGUGGCGGUGAACGUGGCGCCGGGCCAGAAGGUGACGUUCAACCUGACGUACGAGGAGCUGCUGGCGCGGCGGCUGGGCGCGUACACGCACGCGGUGCACGUGGCGCCGGGCCAGGUGGUGCGCGACCUGCGCGUCGAGGUGCUCGUCGAGGAGAGCCGCAACCUGAGCGCGCUGCGGCCGCCCGCCUUCCGGCCCGCCGACGCCGAGCUGGACGCCGACGCCAACGACGCCGACAAGCCGGCGCCGGCCACGCCGGGCGUGGUGGCCGAGCGCCUGGGCGGCGGCAGGGCCAGGGUGGUGUUCGCGCCCACGCCCGACCAGCAGCGCGAGAUCGCCGCAACCCUCGCCGCCAGCAGCGCCGAACCCAAGAACCCGUUCCAAGCGGCGCGGAGCCCCGCGGCCGAGGGGCUGGUGGGACAGCUGGUGGUGCAGUACGACGUGGAGCGCGACCCGCAGGGCGGGGAGGUGCUGCUGGACCAGGGCUACUUCGUGCACUUCUUCGCCCCCGACGAGCUGCCGCCGCUGCCCAAGCACGUCAUCUUCGUGCUGGACGUGAGCGGCUCCAUGGAGGGCCGCAAGGUGCAGCAGCUCAAGGAGGCCAUGACCACCAUCCUCGGCGACCUCAAGCCCGGCGACUACUUCAACCUGCUCGAGUUCUCCUACUCCGUCACGGUGUGGAACCUGGACUCCGCGUCCAACAACGUGGUGUACUCGCCGUACUCGCACUUCGGCGCGGACAAGCCGGCGGGCCCCGCGGAACCGCCGGCGCCGGCCGCGUACCCGGCGAGCGCGGAGUACGUGAGCAAGGCGAAGGAGAUCGUGAACAAGAUGACGGCGGGCGGCGGCACCAACAUCCACGACGCGCUGCGCACGGCGCUGGCGGUGGCGCGCGACGGGCUGCGCAACGUGACGCUGCCCGAGGGCGGCCCGCGCCCCGAGCCCAUCGUCGUCUUCCUCACCGACGGAGAGCCCACCGUCGGCGAGAGCCGCCCGCACAAGAUCUUCCAGAUGGUGAGCGAACGCAACGAGCAGCCGACUUCGGCGCUGUUCAGCCUGGCCUUCGGCGACGACGCCGACCUGCCCUUCCUGAAGAAGCUGUCGCUGCGCAACGCGGGCUUCGCGCGCAAGAUCUACGAGGCGGCCGACGCCGCGCUGCAGCUGCGCAACUUCUACCGACAGGUGGGCGCC